GUUAUGAGUACAGGUCCCCGGUUAUGACUAGAUGCAGCUUCACUUGUUUGCUUGAAUUGUUCUUCCAGAACGGAAGCAGCACAAUAAGAAAGAAAAGCUGUACAUGUGAAUAAGAAAGAAAAGCUAAGCCGAGCUCUGUGUAGUGGCUCCUAUUAGGAAGCAAUCAACGCUCGUUCUCAUAUUACUCUUGCAGUCGCAGCAUUGACGACAUUGUUCAUCUGCUCAAGGACAUACUCCGAUACGAAGGAUCUGCAUUUUAAACAUGCCGUAUGAAGGGCACAUGAGGUGCUUCAGAAUAAUUCUAUUAGUGCAAAUUUUCUUAAUUCCCAUGAUGGAGCCUGCGCUUACAGCCGGUCGGACGUGCGCUGUUCUAAAGGCAGUGAUUGACAUCGACUGGAAAAGGCUUGAAGGAGCACGGUGGUUUGAAUUGCUGCACUACCCUAAUAAGGAAGAAAUCUGCUACGUCAUGCGGUUUUUUCCAUCGAUUGAAGUCAUGGUGCUCCGGACUAGACCGGGACCGAGUGGCCCUCUAUCAAGCCCUACCUUCUACACGCUGCGAAAGAACGGUGAGAAGCGGUAUAUGUAUGACCACGAUAACAAAUUUUACCAAGUUUUAGACACGGACUAUGCAUCCUGGGCCCUCAUUCACAACUGCUGGGAAGGCCGGACUGGAUCGUGGUUUAUAAUUGCCCUAAAGAAACCAACGUCAAAGAUACCUGCGAACAUAAUGGCAAGGAUUCAAAGUUCUCUUGCAAAGGCUGGACAGACCAAGAAGUUCACAUGGAAUCGUUCUCGCUGUAUGCUGGAGAAAACCUUCAAUGAAGACUAUCCUGGAAAACUGACAGCAGUUGCGGAGCUGAGCCGAGACAAGAAGGCGCCUCGUGAUAAGCUGAGCUUGGUGGAUGGGUUGGUCCCAGAUCAAAACGUACCCCGUGAUACGCUGAGCUUGGUGGAUGGACAACAAGGUACCUCGUGA